GUCUGCAGUUUGCCGGGUUGACUCGCAGACCCCGCCUGGCAGGGAGGAGGCGGGGCUUUUGCCUGGCUAAGGUGGGCGCGCACACCACGGGCCCAGGCAUAACUUUACGUUACCGGUUUUCGCGCUCUGUUUAAGUCAUUUGGAAGUGUAGCCAACGGGACCGUUUUCUCGUUCCGUUUAGUAAAACAUCUUCACUUUGGUUAUACAAGCUUAGGUUUCAGGGCGGUGACUCUGUCAUGCCGAACUCUCGGCCCAGGCCCCGCCGGGGUGCCCGGAGUGGCGCCGGGGCAGUCGGGCGCGACCGGCUGGUGUCGCGGUCCUUGCAGAGCGCAGAGCACUGCCUGAGCGCCCAGGACUUUGGCACCGCCUAUGCCCACUACCUCCUCGUACUCAGCCUGGCGCCGGAGCUGAAAGACGACGUGAAGGAAACUUUUCAGUAUACACUGUUCAGAUGGGCUGAAGAGCUCGAUGCUCUCAAUCGAACACAAGACUUACUUGGUUGUUAUGAGCAGGCUUUGGAACUGUUUCCUGAUGAUGAAGUGAUUUGCAAUAGUAUGGGGGAACACCUCUUCAGAAUGGGCUUUAGAGAUGAAGCAGCUGGGUAUUUUCAUAAAGCAGUGAAACUAAACCCAGAUUUCAAUGAUGCAAAGGAGAAUUUUUAUCGUGUUGCAAACUGGUUGGUGGAACGCUGGCACUUUAUCAUGCUUAAUGACACCAAACGGAAUACAAUUUAUAAUGCAGCAAUCCAGGAUGCAGUUUGUUUGGGGUCCAAGAGUGUUUUGGACAUUGGAGCAGGAACUGGAAUACUAAGCAUGUUUGCUAAAAAAGCUGGAGCACACUCAGUAUAUGCUUGUGAGUUAUCCAAGACCAUGUAUGAACUUGCCUGUGAUGUAGUAGCAGCAAACAAGAUGGAAGCAGGAAUCAAACUCUUACAUAUGAAGUCACUUGACAUAGAGAUUCCAAAACACAUUCCUGAAAGAGUGUCCCUAGUUGUAACAGAAACUGUCGAUGCAGGUUUAUUUGGAGAAGGAAUUGUGGAGAGUUUAAUUCAUGCAUGGGAGCAUUUACUUUUGCAGCCAAAGACCAGAGGUGAAAAUGGUAAUUGUGAAAAGUAUGGGAAAGUUAUACCAGCAAGUGCUGUUCUAUAUGGAAUGGCAGUAGAAUGUGCAGAAAUAAGAAGACAUCAUAGGGUGUGUACUAAGGAUGUUGCUGGGAUCUGUUUACCAACAAAUGUGAAAUUUCAGAGUCCAGCUUGUUCUUCUGUGGAUACUGAAGAGACAGUGGAACCAUAUACAACUGAAAAGAUGAGUCGAGUUCCUGGGGGAUAUUUGGCUUUGACAGAGUGCUUUGAAAUUAUGACAGUAGAUUUCAACAAUCUUCAGGAAUUAAAAAGUCUUGCAACUAAAAAAUCUGGUAAAAUUGGUAUUCCUGUGAUUAAAGAAGGCAUACUAGAUGCUAUUGUGGUUUGGUUUGUACUCCAGCUUGAUGAUGAACACAGUUUAUCCACAAGUCCUAGUGAGGAAACAUGUUGGGAACAGGCUGUCUACCCCGUACAUGACCUUGCAGACUACUGGAUAAAAUCUGGGGACCAGGUGAUGAUGGAAGUGUCUUGUCAAGAUUGUUACUUAAGAAUUCAGAAUAUCAGUGUUUUCAGUUCAGAACAUGAAAUGGAUGUUGGAAAAGAUUUUAGCAAGGAUAAAGACUUGUUAUCCUUAGGAAGUGAAGCUGAACUCUGUAGUGCCCUGGCUAACCUUCAGACCAGCAAACCAGAUGCUAUGGAGCAGACAUGUAUAUUGGAAUCCACAGAAAUUGCUUUGCUUAAUAACAACCUCUAUCAUGAAAGCUUUAAAAUGGCAAUGAGAAAAGUGUUGUCUUCAUUGACUCCAGAGAAACUGUGUCAGGCCAUGGAUACUCACUGCCAGAAUAAUGAGAUGAGCUGUGGAAGUGGACAGAGUAAUUCAGAAGAGAGCAUCCCUGAACCAUUCUAUGUGUUAGAUGUUUCCGAAGGCUUCUCCAUUCUGCCCAUAAUUGCUGGCACACUUGGGCAGGUUAAACCUUACAGUUCUGUGGAGAAAGACCAACAUCGUAUAACUCUGGACCUCAUAUCUGAAGCCAAUCACUUUCCUAAAGAAACACUUGAGUUUUGGCUGAGACACGUGGAAGAUGAAUCUGCUGUGUUGCAAAGGCCAAAAUCAGACAAGUUGUGGAGUAUAAUUAUACUGGAUGUCAUUGAGCCAUCUGGGCUCAUUCAGCAGGAAAUAAUGGAAAAAGCUGCAAUAUCCAGGUGUUUGCUGCAAUCUGGAGGCAAGAUCUUUCCUCAAUAUGUGUUGAUGUUUGGGUUGCUUGUGGAAUCACAGACACUGGUAGAAGAGAGUGCUGUUCAAGGAACAGAACGCACUCUUGGAUUGAAUAUAGCACCUUUUAUUAAUCAGUUUCAGGUACCUAUACGUGUAUUUUUGGAUCUGUCCUCAUUGCCCUGUAUACCUUUAAGCAAGCCAGUGGAACUCUUAAGACUAGAUUUAAUGACUCCAUAUUUGAACACCUCUAACAGAGAAGUAAAGGUACACAUUUGUAAAUCUGGACAAGUGACUGCCAUUCCCUUUUGGUAUCAUAUGUACCUUGAUGACGAGAUUAGGUUGGAUACUUCAAGUGAAGCCUCCCACUGGAAACAAGCUGCAGUUGUAUUAGAUAAUCCCAUCCAGGUGGAAAUGGGAGAAGAAUUAGUACUCAGUGUCCAGCAUCACAAAAGCAAUGUCAGCAUCACAGUAAAACAAUGAAGAGUAGUUUUCUAAUGAAAAACUGUUCAGGUAGAGCAGCAAGUAUGCAGUUCUGGUCUGAAUUAGUAGUGGAAUUGUAUUCAUGAAAUGGGGGUAUAAAGAUUUAAUUCCUUGUAAUGGUUAAAUAUUUUUUAAAUUGAUUAAUAAAGUAUAUUUAAAAGACUUUAAAGAGGAGCGUUAUUAUAAAAAUAUUGCUGCAGCCUUCUUUUUUCAAAAAGGCUGUCAUUCAUUUUUCAAGUAAGUAAGCUUUGUUUUUAUUGCUUGGUUGUACUUACAAUGGGUUCAAUUUUCCUAAACACUUUAGUCUACAUUCUAAAUCUAUAAAUAUAAGGGAUUUGAGUCCCGUCUUCAUUGUCCUGUGUAAGCAAAGCAAAAACUUUUAAUUUUUUAGGCAUCUUGAGUUUUUUAAGUCUAAACUUAUAAUUGGGAUAUAUCAGAAAGUUGGCUUCAGUUGAAGACAGGGUUAUGGUUACUUAUAAAUUCCAAGCUUGCUUCUUUUAAAUACUUAGUAUGUUUCUGAAACUCCUUGGGUUUUGUGUUUGGAGAAUGCAAACCUGAGUAAGAAUUUAUAGCUAUAAGCUAAAUCUAAUUAUGAGAGUUAAAGAGUUAAGGAUGAAGUAAAGUUUUAAAGAGGCAGCCUUUUUCCUGGUCUACUUUGGCAAAGAAAAUGAAAAAGCUGGUAAGUUCAGGAAUGAGGUAAACCUACAUCAGUAUUUUUUAAAGUUUUGAUCCAUAUGUGCAGUAAGAAAUAUAUAAUAAUUGGUCCAAUUUUUAAAGACUUGCAACAGGAAGAUUAAUAAGAUGUGCCUUGUAAAUACUGUGUGCUCUUUGUAAGUAAGCCACAAAGAAAAUAAGACAUACCUUCUCUCUACAUCGCCUCUUCUCGUUGCUCUAGUAUUAUACUACCCAGCUUUACUUUCAAUAGAAAUGUUUAUAAUAGUGGACAGAAUAAAGACUCCAAUUACGGUGAA